GAGUGUGAAAAACUUGAGAGGUUUCGCUAACUUACGUGAAUGAAUAUAUACAACAUGUACACAUUACAUAUACUUUUCUGUACACUAUACGACACAUAUGUACAUACCAUCGCUCAAUAGUGCUUUACGAGUACAUUACAAGGAUUGCUUACUUAAAGACUAUUAAGCACUACUGCCCAAUAAUUAAUAUAAUCCACCACCAUCACUAACACGCGUAUAAUUGUGAUAAUACACUGUUCAAAAGCAUCCUAUAACUUUCUGUUUUGUCCAAUACCAAAACAUUACAACUUGAUUUGUUUGUACGCAACUUUCUCCCCGUAAUUCAUAUUUUGCAGGUUGUAAAGUGACUCGUAAAAUAUUAAAUAAUCUGUAAUCUACAAGAAAACUAUUUUUUUAGUUUGCGUAAUAUUUUUCCAACAACAACGACCUUUUCCUAUUAAAGAAAGAUUACUUAAUUGCAUUUGUUUUGAGUAUUUUUAAUACAAAAUCGCCGUUCGCCAUAGGAAUGACUACAAACAAUUGUGUGGAAGUGAAAAAUAUGAGGUGAAAGUUUUCUCAACCAUCAUCAUAAACUUGCUCAAAGCAGUUUACCAGUGGUGCUAAAUAAUUAGACUGAAAAUGAAAAUCCAGUAAAACCUUACAAAUUAUACAACGUCCAGUCAAAUACAUAGUUUGGCAUUGUUCAAAGAAAAUUAAUAUUCGGCCUUAGCGAAAAAAGGUCCCAGGAAGACGUAUAAGUUGCCAAAUAUUUGAUUUUUUAAUCAAAGUAAAAAUGGAGGCUCAAAUUCAUAAUCAAGUCUCACCCACAAAAAGUGAGCUGACUCGCCUCUCAGAAGAAAGUUUGACCCGACAACCCGAAGAGGUGUUUGACAUCAUAUGCAAACUUGGAGAGGGGUCAUAUGGCAGCGUGUUUAAAGCGUUGCACAAAGAAUCUGGUCAAGUUCUUGCAAUAAAGCAAGUUCCUGUGGACACUGAUCUCCAAGAAAUUAUUAAAGAAAUCUCCAUCAUGCAACAGUGUGACAGUCUUUACGUGGUCAAGUAUUAUGGGUCCUACUUUAAGAAUACAGAUUUAUGGAUUGUGAUGGAGUAUUGUGGUGCGGGUUCGGUGUCAGAUAUCAUGAGAUUAAGGAAGAAAACACUUACAGAAGACGAGAUAUCCACCGUGCUCACAGACACACUUAGAGGCCUCGAGUAUCUUCAUGCUAGGAAAAAAAUUCACAGAGACAUUAAGGCCGGAAACAUUUUGCUAAAUAGUGAGGGACAUGCCAAACUCGCUGAUUUCGGCGUUGCAGGCCAACUUACGGACACAAUGGCGAAGAGAAAUACGGUGAUCGGGACCCCUUUUUGGAUGGCACCCGAAGUAAUUCAAGAAAUAGGUUAUGACUGUGUUGCUGAUAUUUGGUCAUUAGGAAUUACUGCUCUGGAAAUGGCAGAGGGACGACCUCCUUACGGAGACAUUCAUCCCAUGCGAGUCAUCUUCAUGAUCCCGAGUAAACCUCCCCCAUCGUUUAGAAAUCCUGAUUCUUGGAGCCAAGAAUUCAUCGACUUUGUCCAAAGAUGUUUAAUAAAGAAUCCUGAAAAUCGUGCUCCUGCCGCAGAGCUUUUAGAUCAUGAAUUUAUAAAGAGGGCUAGACAUCCUUCGACGUUGGUGGCCUUGAUCAACGAAGCCAAAGAAGUCAGAGAAAAUUUACAGAAUGGGAUUUAUCCCACGAAAAUACCAGCACCACUUUUGGACAAAAACGGCUUUGAGGACUCAGACGAUAGAACUAUGAAGCCGGCUGAUAGAACGCUAGUCCCGGGGAUGAUGGACGACGACAACGACGGGACAAUGAUUUCUCACUCCCAUGACUCGAUGAUGCGCGAGGCGAUGAAUGCAGGAAUGUUGGAAUCAAAUAUGGCCACUUUGGUCCUAAAUUCUGACGGAGAAGAUGAGGAUUCUACAAUGAAACGCCAUGACACUGCAGAAAUAGACCCGAAUAAGAAAUCGUACCGUCCUCUAUACCUUGACCACUUUGACAAGAAGGAUGCGGCUGCUGCUGCUGGAAGCAGAGGCAAUUCGAAUAAUAAUGGUAAAGAUAGCAAAGAUCUACAACAAAGAGACCCAGAAAUAUCGAAUCGUGAAAAUUCUCCUCCAAACUUAUAUCCACCGUUGGUCUCACAUUAUUCUAAAGUUUGGAAAUACCCCCUCCUCGUCACACUUUGGAUCAUUUCCAUAAAUUACAGACUGUUAUUUUACUGUGUAACAGCUACAUCAAGGAAAGUUUCAAAAAUUAUCAACUUUCACCAAAUACAUCGUUUACUUAUGAACUCGGACUCGAAUCAAAAAUCUCGAGAAACAAACAAGACCCAAGCUCACGAUCAGUUUUAUAAGUCCUGUGUAGCGGAUAAAAAUCUAUUAGAUUUCUGCCAAUGUCAUUGCCACGUGCCUCGGAACUCGACACUGCCCCCUCAACACUUGCCCCCUGCGUUUAAUCAACCCCACGUAGUUUACAAUGACACGAAGCAGAUGACAGCAGAAGAACAGAGAGAGUUUGCGGAGAGGCUUCAGCGACAGUUGAGCCAAAUCAGUGGGAUGACUGGGGCUUCAGGUGCGCUUUUGGGUUAUCGGGGCUCUAUCCCCAUCAUGUACGGUAAUGGCCAAGGACCAAUGGCUGAAGCUAAUCCUCAAGUGGAACUUCGAAGACCAGAAGUCAACCUCGGAGAUGCAUUCAACUCAAAGUUUUCAAAAACAUUCAUUGAUAAUAUGGACUUCGAUUUCCUAAAAUUCCUCAGCCUGGAAGAUCUAGAGAGAAAAAUGGAGACGAUUGACAGUGAGAUGGAACAAGAAAUUGAUGAACUGAGACAACGCUACCAUGCAAAGAGGCAGCCAAUUCUAGAUGCCAUUGAGACUAAAAGGAAACGACAACCCAAUUUUUAAAUUAUUUUACUAACCUACUCCAAACACUUUAGUAUUUAUACAAACUUUUACUUAAACUUUGACUUUCUAGCCUAAACAAGUGGUCUACUUACAUAGAUACAUAUAAGUUUGUCCGUAUACAAGCAGUCAAUGUAACGAUUUUAAAUUCGACGACCAGGUUAACACCCUUACCAGCCUACCCGUACAUGUUCUCAUAAUGUUUCUCCGCUUCGACCCCUCUCACAAACGAAGCUAAAAACUGACGAAAAAUAAAUCUAUGUACAUAAAUAAAUAGCUGCCUUAGAUAGGAGUUUACAAAUAGUUCACCACAAACCCAUAAAAGUUGAGACGUAUUUCUUCACUAAAUAGUGUAGAGUACAAAUAAUUUAAUGAACAAAUAUUGGGUCUAAUUAAAAUUUGGCUAGCAUUAUCAAGAAAUGAUGACCACGACGGGGAAAUGAAAAUAUGGACUGAACUGUGAAUGUUACCUAAAUUUAUCGUGCCGUCACGUCAGAAUUCAAUAUAUUCAAAAAAGUAACUACGCGUUUAGACCAGAAAUUCUGUAUUAUUAGUUACGAAAUAGCUCAGCGUAUGAUAAACAUAUACUAAAGAAAUUGAAAAGUACCUACAACAUGCAACCCUGAGACUAGUUAAAUCUUAAUCGUAAAAUAUGUGACUCUUUGUACCACAUGACAAACGUAAAAAACAGUGAAAGAGCACUGUACAAAAUUUUCUCAAAGUAAUAAUAAUGUCCAUAUCGUAAUUAAAAAUCUGCAUCAAACACGAAGCCGACACCACGUUUCGAGUGUUGUAGUAUUUAUCAACUUUUGUAAAGUUAUCCUAAUUCCCAUUACAACUCGCAAUAUAAUUAAAGCGAGCCUACUUGUGGCUCGCUCCGGUCUACAUUUUUCUUAGAAAUUGAGCUUAAAGUAAUAUUUUGAAAGAUUUAGUGCAUGUGCCAUGUUGUCAUUCAAAUCAAUUUUAUUGAGUCCACACUUGUUAAAUUAACACAAAUUUUUCAAUUAUCAGUUUGCUUCUAUUAAAUCAGCCAAUACGGUACUAAUUUUAUGUAUAGAUCAUGGAAUAAGAUAUACUACACUAUUGUCGGUAUAGACUUACGAAAUCCUAAGAGUAUAUGAUUUAAUUUUUGACAGAGUACGUGAUUUUAUUCAAAAUAAAACGUCAUUUUAUGUAAACUGUA